CGGACGUGUGCGUGCGAUGUGUUCGCUGUCGACGGGCGUUGAGCGUUUGAGCGUUGGGCGUUUAGCUGAAGGCGGAAGGCGGUGGACUCGCCCGGUGUGGCGGUGUGGCGGUGCAGACAUCCCCGGUUCCUGAGUUUCACCGUUCCAGGUUGCAGUCCCAGGCUGCAAGGCAUCCACGGCCACGACCAUCCAGCGUCCAGCGUCCAGCGGCCCCGUGCUGCGGCCUGCCGUGGUCAUCGCACCGGCGCUGACAAUCGCAAUAUCAGCCGUUUGUCGAGACCGCGAUCGAAUAUGAACGACACUCCUCGAAUAACCACCCUCGACCGGGAUGAGGGUCCGCCACUCCAGAGUCCAGACAAACGCACCAACGGGGAACGAUUGGCUCUCGACCCCUGUAGCAGCCUCAGCCUUAUUUCAUGGAGGGUGGGUCCUCUCGCUGACCGGUUCGGGGAAGGUUCGAAAGCUUCCAGAAGGCCAACGGCGAGACGUGACUGGACAAUGCCGAGGGACGACGUUGAAACGGGGCGACAUUCAGCCAGUCACGCUUCUCGCCCGGCAAACGAGCGACGGGGGCAACCGGGGGAAGGAGUUAUGUCCGGUGACGUCCGGAUGGCCCAGGGCGGAGGAUUGGGACUGAGCGACUGGCGUUUUGUGCUCUCCGUGUCACUUUCACUUUCCUCGACCUGCCCGGUCUUUUCUUCCGUACGGGGGGGACUGGGGUUCUGUGGAUCUACGGAUAUCUCCCCCGGGGGGUGUCAUUAUCGACCCCUCGGGCUGUGUCUUCCAUUGUUUGCCUUGCCUUUGCCUUAGUUGUUUAUGAUAUUGCCUAGCUAUAAUAAUACUUGCUGUCUGUAUCUGGUCUAUUUAAGAACGUCUCUCUCUCCCCUCGUUGCACUUGUCCAUCACCUUCAUCUGUAUUCAUCUGAACACUGAACAUCCAUCCAAAGCCACUCUGCCAUCACCAAGAUCACAUACCUCGCCUUCCUCUCCAACAAUGUACUCACGUACUUCCCUCGCCGCAGCC